UCACGUGCGCAGAGCCGCGGAGGCGGAGCCGUGGUCCGUGGGCUCAUUGGUUCUCCGAUCACGUGGAUGUAAAUACUGAAAGGGCAAAGAUGCUGUUACGUGAAAGAGGGAGGGACGAAGCGAACCCACCAGUACCCAAGAUGGCGGUUUGUAUUGCUGUGAUCGCCAAGGAGGUGGGAGACCGGGCAGGGGCAAUUGAGGGACGGGGCGGCGGGUGGGGGAGGGAGAGAGGAAGGGGAAGGGUGGAGGAACACAAGAAUUGCCUUCAGACAUUCCUGGGAAGCCGUUAACCAGGGAAUGAGGGUAAAUCCUCUCUUCUGCUAUUCUACCCGCCGCAAAGGGUACGUAGCUAGUUAAUCUAUGGAACUCUCUGCCACAAGAUGUAGUAAUGGCCACCAACUUGGAUGGCUUUGAAAAAGGGUCGGACAAAUUCAUGGAGCAGGGAAAGCUAUUAAUGGCUAUGCUCUUUCUUCACUGUCAGAGGCAGGUUGUCUUUGAGUACCAGUUGCUGGAAACAGCAGGAUGGGAGAGUUGCUCUUGCAUUACGUCUUGCUUGUGGGGCUUCCCAUUGGGGCAUCUGGUUUGCCACUUUGAUAACCGGAUGUUGGACUAGAAUCAGCCUUUCUCAACCUUGGGUUUCCAGAUGUUGAACUACAACUCCCAUCAUCCCUAGCUAGCAAGGCCUGAGCUCAGGGAUGAUGGGAGUUGUAGUCCAACAACAUCUGGGGACCCAAGGUUGAGAAACACUGUUAGAUGGACCAGAUUGAGCCUGUCAGACUCUUAUGCUAGGUUCUUAAAGCAGGGCUGCUAUCUUUGGCACCUUCUGAGGCUGACACCCCAACUGUGGGGCGGGGACUACUGCUGAUCCCUGGAGCCCCCAGCUCGUCCCUUCUUGUCACUUCCCGUUUGGUUGCAUUCAAUAAGCAAGAAAGGAGCAACGGCUGCAGCAGCCUCUGUUAAAUUUGCUCUCUCUCUCCGGGCAGUGGUGCAGGUUGUGCAUUAAAGGUUGAAGGACAAGUGAAUGGGUUGCAGUGACAACCGCGAUAAGGAGUUGGUUUUCGUCAGGUUUUCUUCUCCUUUCCCAAGUAAUAAUCAGGGAGGGGGAUCAGGGGAGGAAGCAAAGCACCUAAUUCAUAUAUGAACUGUAUGUGGAAAACUGUCAAACUUUUUGGGCACAUCCUUGUCAGUACGCCUUUGAGCUGAUGUCGACAACUGGGCUCAAAGACUGGUUCUGCCCUGACUAGGCUAGGCGAGCUAGAGCACUUCCAGAGACCUUCCACUCCUGGAAAGCAGGUCUAAGUGCACUGGACCCACAACUGUCCAUUGUGAGCACCAAACUCAGCAGAGUAUGAACAACACAGAAGAAAGCUGUGAAGCAUAGCUCUUCUUUAUUUUCUAAUAGCUACUGCAAACUAAAAACUAAAGAGCUACUGGCUUGCAUGAGUGUUACAGUUCUCACUCAGCCAUCUAAUCUCUACAUAGAUAACACUCAGACUCCCCACAGAGUCAGGCAGGAGCAGAAGAAGCAGAAGAGCAGUUUCCGCCCCCUCCUUUCUGAAAACAUCAGGAGAUUCUCGCAAUGGGAGGGGGUGAAAAUAUCCACAAUCCUUCCAUCGGGAUGUUGGAGUCUGGGGGUUUAAAGCUGCUUUACCUUACUUUUUCUGCAACCCUAACUGGAAAUAUUAAUGUGGGUUGCAUAAAAAUUCAGAUAUGAAUAUUGUUUUAUUGUGUCUUGCCUGUAAACGGCCUUGAGUCAAAGAAAGGCAGAACAUAUUUUAAUAAACAUGUACUUAAAAAUGUGACCUUUGCUUGGGGAUUUGAGUUCUUCCAGCUGUGAACCAGUUGUUGGGGGCUUGCACCUGGCUUGAUUGAGAUAGGUGUCUGAUUUGGAUUCUGUGUUAAAAUCGGUAUGAAAAGGUACUACUUAGAAUCCUGUUGUGGGAGAGGGAGUUAGAACUGCAUAGAUCAGUUGGAUCACUUCAUAGUUCAGGAACUUGGUGGUUUGUUUGUUUUUUCAUUCUAGAACUACCCUCUGUACAUCAAGAGCAUUCCAACGGAAAAUGAACUGAAGUUCCACUACACAGUCCACACGUCUCUUGAUGUUGUGGAUGAGAAAAUCUCUGCUAUGGGAAAAGCUCUUGUGGACCAGAGAGAGCUCUACCUGGGGUUGCUCUACCCAACUGAAGACUACAAAGUGUAUCUUAGAUGCCUUUUGGGUUGAAUGAGGAGUUGGCCUAGAUCACAUUCAAGAUCCCUUCCAGCUCUGCUGUUAUGUGAUUGUUUCUCAGGUUCCCUUCUUGCAGUCUUGCUUCAUUAUUCCAAGUGAACUGAAAGGAGGGUAAAGUUCUGAUCACAGCUGGGCUGCAGCACUGGAAUUUAGUUGGAUCUGUUGCUGUUUAGUUUUAAACUAGUUUUGUGUGCUUUGAUAUAUAGAGAAAAGUCAUAGCUCAGUAGUAAGGCAAUAACUUUGUAUGUAGAAGGUCCCAGGUUCAAUCCCUGGCAUUUCCAGGUAGGGCUGGGAAAACUAGAGAGCUGCCAGUCAGUGCUGAGCUUGAUGGACCAAUGGCUGACUCAGCAUAGGCAGCUUCCUAUGUAGUUUAGAAGUUACAGUGGUUAAGGCUGCAUGCAACUGCUCUGUGGCCUUAAGACUGUGCAGUCAACAGCCGCUACUGAGCAACUUGUUCAUCCAGUUGAAGGACAAAUCUGGAAUGUGAUACCUCAGGAGCCCCUGGAACUGAAAUCUAAAGUCGAUUGGUUAAAAUAGGGUGUGGGUUGGGCUUGCAGAAUGAGUGACAGUGCAGAGAGCUGCUAUGUAUUCAGUCUGAACCCAGUUACAUGUGGGCAAGCUGCUCCUUGCUUAGGGAGUGUUUAGCAUAACCCAGUUGUUUUGUGUUUAUUUGUUAAGGGCUCAGUGAUGGAGCACAGACUUAUUUGGCCUCUCCAGAAAAGGCUGAGAGAUUCUUGUUUGGAACCCUGGAAAGCUGCUGCCAGUCAGUGUAGACCAGUGGUAACUAAAUUGUCCCCCCCCCCCCCCGCCCCACCGCAAAUGUUGCUUAACUAUAACUUCCAUAGUCCUCAACCACUGGUUAUUCUUGCCAGUGCUGAUGUGAGCUGGGAUUUUCAGGAGGGCCUCAGAUUAACCACCCUUGGUAUAGACAGUACUGAGAGAUGAUGGACCAAUGGCCUGACUAUGUGUGAGGUGGCUUUGUAUAUUCUUAAAAAUAGACCUUGACUGCUGAAGCAGAUAUGGCUACGUGACCAAUUCCAAGGUGAAGUUUGUGAUGGUGGUGGAUUCUUCCAACACGGCACUCAGGGACAACGAAAUCCGCAGUGUAAGUACAGGGCAGCUGCAGGGAGCCAGUCAAAGUAGAACUUCCUUCUGCUUACUCAAGACUAAUUGGUCCCUACAUUCUGGUCACUGAAGUGGUUCUUCCCUUUUCAGAUGUUCAGGAAGCUGCAUAAUUCCUUCACAGAUGUCAUGUGCAACCCCUUUUAUAAUCCCGGGGACCAGAUCCAAUCCAGGUGAGCAGGCUGGUGAGAGUACCUGUCUCUUUGGAACUUAACUAGCUUUGUUGGUCUUAAAGGGCUGUUGGAAGCUUUGUCUUUCCAGAAUCCGCUGAACUAUUCUAGUGGCAUUUAGCAAUAUUAUCCUGAGCCUCUCCCACAUCUGCUCUGCAAUAGUAUUCACCUCUUGUUUCCCCUUCCAAAAUCAUGGAAUGAUGCCAUAAACCUUCCUGUCAAUUAAGAUCUUAGGAGCUCCCUCACUGGGUGUUCCCCACUUUCUGGAGGUACAGCAGGUAGCUACUAAAGAGUGGGAUUCUUGUGGAUUGUACCCAAAUUAUGGAACUUCCACCUGAGGCAUUUUGCCUGGUUGGUUGUUUACUAUUUUUUAGAACAGCUUUCUCAACCUUGAAUCCCCAGGUGUUGUUGGACUACAACUCCCAUCAUUCCUUGCCAACAUGUCCAGUGGUCAGGGAUGAUGAGUUUCCACGCGUACGUAAGAAAAUAUGAGUAUGCCUGUAGGAUGGAAUGAGACAGGUGAAGCAACCUGCUUCGUUAAAUGCUCUCUUGGAUAUCUGUGCUUUCAAAUCUGCUUGCAAGAUUGAGGAAACUGUUUUAAAGGCAACAGUGAUAGAUGAACUGCUGGCAAACGCAGCCAUAUAGGUGAAAAGCUGCCUUUUUAUUGCUCCAUUAUCUUAGUUAGCUGGUCUGUCUUUGAUGAACCUUUGCCCUGCUUCUUUUAACACUACAUGUCCUUGCUUUUCCAAGGGCCUUUGACAACAUGGUGACGUCCAUGAUGGUGCAAGUUUGUUGAAGCUUCUGCCUCUUCUUCCAGCUGAUUUACCUGAGACAACUUGCCCCACUGUACAGAAUUGUUUGUUGUGUAUAUUCUUCCUUCCAAAAUCCCACAUUGUAUAAUAAACUGAUUAACUAAGUUAG